ACGAAAGGUGGCGUGGGUCGAGCGGCCAUCAUUGAUUGUUGCUGGUGUGCCUGCCAGAAAAUAGAAAAGAUGUGACAUAUAAGACAAGCUUGGGUCGCACCUUCUGCUGAGCUCCAGCUUCAGAUCAGUCUGUCUAUCUUCUACAGCUCUAACCUUCUUACUGUUACUCAGUCAACAACCACAUUCCAAAAGGCAAUAAUCUUCAUUAUUUCGCUUGAAUCCACAUAUUACCAUCAAUAGCCAAUACUGCUAUAAUGAACAACCCCAACAGCAGCAUCAUGAGCGAUGAACACAUUCACCAUCAGAACUCAGACUUGGGCAAGUCACCUAUUCGUGGUAGCAACAGCGACCAUGACCCCCUUGUCAAGGUGCAGCCUCCUCGCCGCGAGGAUCUUCAGCCUUCGUACGCCUCGGUCAUCAAGCCUGAUACCGAGGACGACUCACAACAUGGGUGGUACGGAGGCAUGAUCAACACUCUUGGUGCCAUCAUCGGUAACCUUGGAGCUGUUCCUUGCUGCAUCAUCUGCCCCAACCCAUACAGACCUGUCUCGCAGGGUAACGUUGGUCUGGUCACCAAGUUCGGUCGUUUCGCUCGUGCUGUCGACCCUGGUCUUGUCAAGAUCAACCCUCUUUCUGAGCAGCUCAUUCAGAUUGACGUCAAGAUUCAGAUUGUUGAGGUUCCCCAGCAAAUUUGUAUGACCAAGGACAAUGUCAACCUCCAGCUCACUUCCGUCCUCUACUACCGCGUCACAUCACCUCACAAGGCUGCCUUCGGUAUCUCCAACAUCCGCCAAGCCCUGGUCGAGCGUACCCAAACAACUCUCCGCCAUGUCAUCGGUGCUCGUGUUCUCCAAGAUGUCAUUGAACGCCGUGAAGAGAUUGCACAGAGCAUUCGCGAGAUCAUUGAGGACACCGCUUCCGGUUGGGGUGUCGAGGUCGAAUCCAUGUUGAUCAAGGACAUCAUCUUCAGUCAGGAUCUGCAAGAGUCGCUGUCAAUGGCCGCACAGAGCAAGCGUACCGGUGAGGCAAAGGUCAUUGCCGCCAGAGCCGAAGUCGAAUCCGCCAAACUCAUGCGUCAAGCUGCCGACAUUUUGUCCUCUGCUCCAGCCAUGCAGAUCAGAUAUCUUGAAGCCAUGCAAGCCAUGGCCAAGUCAGCAAACUCCAAGGUCAUCUUCUUGCCCGCACCCAACCAAACCGUCCAGCACCAGAUGCAGAUGGCCGAUGCCGUUGGCGAAGGCCCAGCCUCAUACGGUCAGACAUUUGGCAGCAGCAGCAAUAACGACUUCGGCUCCGGUACCGAAGGCUUCCAAAACGCCAUCAACAGCCGUGUCGUCGAGAACAUGUAGAAUGAGCCGCCCGUGCCGUUGGUAAUGCCAACAAUGCCUAGAGCUGUCAAGUCAUUGCAUUCACGGCCGUCAGCAGGACCGCGUGGUGCACCCUUGGAUCGCUGGAGUCCCGAGCACGGGGUGCAGUGAGCAGGAUUUACGCGUUCGAUUAAGAUGUGUUUUAUGGAUACCCCUUUUGUUCUUAUACAGUACCCAGGCUGUCGCUUCUCGAUUUAGAAGUCAGUGUAUGGCUAGCAGCUAGUCUCUUUCGUAUCAGAGUUAUGAUCAGUAAAUUACCUCUUGAGAUGUCCU